AUGGCUGCAGCCCCAAAAGCGAGAGUCGUCGUUUUGGGAGCCGGCUGGUGGACCCAGGGCUGGCACCUCCCCCAUUUACACCGCCACCCGGACGCGGAGGUCGUCGCCGUCGUCGAUCCUUGUCCAAAUCCGCGGUCGGCCAUCAGCACGUUACAACCACUCGAAGAGCUCGGCGCGAAGUACGGCUGCGCGACCUACGACUCCUUCGACGCAUGCUUAGACAGCGGACUGGAGUUUGAUGGCGUGAUUGUGUGCACGUCCCACGCUUCUCACUCAAAAUUAGGAGCCCAGGCAUUAGCAAGGGGCAAGCACGUGCUGAUGGAGAAGCCGAUGACAACUGAUGUAAAUGAGGCCAUUUCUCUGAGAGAUGCGUCGCAAGCGUCACCAUGCUUCUUCGCGGUCAACAACACGGCGUCGUGGCGGACCCAAGCCGUGACCGCGAGGCGGUGGGUCCGCGACGAGGCAUUACUAGGCGAGGUCGAGCACGUGGCUUGCGCCAUGCACUCGCCGUUGCUAUGGCUCUUCGAUGAUCCUGCUAACGUAGGAUGGACGCAACCGACCGGUAGCAUGCGAGGUAAUGGGUUUGCCUGGGGGCAGCUGUCUCACUUGCUUGCCUGGGUCCUGCAAAUAACGGGCUUACGACCGGUCGAUGUCGCAUGUACGAUGGUCUUCUCUGGAAGGUCAGGGGCGGACAUGCACGACGCCGCGGUGUUUAGUUGUUCAAAUGGGGCGUCCAUCAGUCUGACGGGGACAGGAGCGGUCCCUGGAAACGCUCAUGGUGAUGAUAGUGAUGAGAGCCAUCCACAUUCUGGAAAACACGUCUCCGUGCGGGUCUUUGGGGAUGCUGGGAGUCUCGUGUAUGAAGGCGACGACCAGGACCCUUCUUCGGGUGAUUUGGUGGUGCUCACGCGCGACGGUGAUCGGAAAGUAGAACAAGGAUUUCUCUUCGAGAACUACGAGGACACGGGCACCGGGCCGGAAAGCGUCCAGGCGUUUAUCAAAGCCUGCCGCGGCCUGGAGCACUUCCGGGGCAUCGACGCGGAGCUAGGGUUGGACGUGGUCCGGUGCAUCGCGGCCAUGUACGCGUCGGCGACGGACGGGGGGAAGCGCGUCGCUUUGGAGCCACAGGCGUAAAAAAACAUACAACUUAACAUAUCCCGUCGACCACCGGUGCCCCGGCCAGCCCCGCCGCCCCGGCCAGCCCCGCCGCCCCGGUCAGCCCCGCCGUCCCGGGCAGCCCCGCCGUCCCGGGCAGCCCCGCCGUCCCGGCCGCGCGCUCCGGUGCCGUCACGGCCGCGGCGUCGACGCCGUCGCCGCGCUGCCCGGCGCGCCGUCGGCCGAGCGCCUUCUCGAGGCCGCGUUCACUUAUAGAUUGGAGAAGAGGGCCGCCCCGCGUUGGGCGCGGGCGGCGCGCCGCCCGCCCCCACGAAGACGACACCGCCAUCAUCUUCAAAGGCGCACGCGCCCACUUCGACGAGUAAUCUGUCGACGAAAUCGGCGAACCGGGAAUCCCGCGCGCGCGCCGUUUGCAGCGCACUUCUAGCGUCGGUCGAGCCCUCUAUUGUGACCAGUAAGUCUCUCAGUGAAGGUUCCCUUCGCAACUCCUCUUUGGCCCAAGUGCAGCUCGCGAUUCGUGUGAGUUGCGCCGGCGUCAGCCUCGCGACGUCGGAAUCGUCGGGCGGCGGCCGGCCGGCGCGCUUCUCCGGUGCGACGCGCUUCGGCCUUGCUUUCGUCACAACUGUCGGGGCGACGCAGGUCGCUUUGUGGGUGCGGCAACAGGCGAUGCAGCAAUACGCCGCGCGGCACUUCGGGCAAUUGUAUUUCGCGGCGGGCGUCGCGCAGACGGCGCAGGGGCGGUCGGGGCGGGGCAUUGGUGUCGCGUUUGUGAGCGAUGCGGCUCGUGCCGGGCGCUGCUCUUGCCGCUGUGCACUGCUGUUGGUGUCUGUAGGCGGCAGCGCUGGCGAAGCGGUGGCUCAGGCGUGCUUGUGGCAGUGCUGGGGUCACGGGGACUUUGUCUAAUGCGACUUGCGAGCUCUCCGGCUGUUCUUGGCCCCUGGCCUCGGUUUUUGGCUGUUUCUAGUGUCUCUACAUGCCGCUAGCUCGUUUUGGCCGGUCUCCUUUUACCAAUUUUGAAGGCUUGCUAGCGACACCGGUUACAUCUCUUUCCAGCCGAGCAGCAGGCCAAACCUGUGGCGCUGCGCACACCCCUAACAUGACCCAGGUCGAGCGCCCCCUGAACAUGGACCUAACACUAAGGGUCGUACAGGCCGCGCAAACGGGAGACGUCACCGCGGUCAGAGCAUGGUUAGCAGUGGGCGGCUCGCCCAACGCAACCUGGGAAAUUGCCCCGGGAACGCCCCACUUGCUCCUCGCGUUCGCCUGCUCUUCGGAUCAUCGGAAUUGCACAUCCAUCGUCGAGAUCCUCUGCGCGGCGGGCGCCCGCGACGAUGAAGCAACACAUUCCCUGCGCGGUGACGGCCGUGACGCGGGAAUGUGUCUAUUGACCGCAGCAUCGCGCGGGGCAAUAGAUACUGCGCGAGUGCUUCUCCGCUACGGGGCGCCGGUAAGGGCUGAAGCGCUGCACAACGCCGUGACGGCCAAUGACGGGAGACAUCUCAUGGGGGCUCUUGACCCUGGGCCUCCACCAGAGCAUGAGAUAUCAAUGGGGCACCAGGGCAUGGUUCGUCUGCUUUUAAAGCACGGGGCCGCGGUCAACGCACGCACACAUGUGGAACGCCUCACGCCUUUGAUGGUUGCCGCGAAAUUCAGUGGCUUCGUUUCUUUCGGCAUUGGGAGGGAGCUUCUGGCUUCUGGUGCGGACCUCGAUCUGGUGAGUGCGAAUGGUCACAAUGCAGAGGCGAUCGCGCGAAGUCGGCUGCAGACUGAGAUCUACUAUGAAAGAGGCAUCCCCGAGGACCCGCUACGUUGCCGACGACCGGGCGCCGUCGAGGCGUUCCUGGAGCUAUGUGCGGGAGUGCGCGCGGCGGGAAGCUGGAAGCGCUACGUAAACGCGCCGCGCAUCGACAUGAUUGUCCUCCAGCGUCUCUGCGCCGCGGGCCGCGCGUCGCCGCCGCCGGCCCUCGCGCGCCUCUUCCCGAGAGUCCCGACGCCGGCGGCGCCUAUAUGGCUGUCGUGGCGUGAGGCUCAUCAAAUCGGGACUAGUGCGAGCAACCAGGACAGUGGCGUUUCGACGCCCCUCCCGAAGGAGCUGGUCUGGCUUAUUCUCAAAUUCUGGCGCACGGACCGCGACCCCUAG